GUUGAUGAGCCUAAAAUAAAGGAAUAUUGGCUCUUGAGUGGUUAUGCCAAGUAUUUAAUAUGUGUAUAUAUAUUAGAUAUAUGGAUAAUUACUUAACUGGGUAAUUUGGUUUGAUUGGUUAGGUUUUAUUUAGCGGUUUAUGGGGGUGUUCCGAUGCUUACUUUCCCUAUUAUCUUCGAUCAGGUUCCCAACAGUAGGGUGAUUGUUGAGAAAUGGAGAAUUGUGUGGAGGUUGAGGAGAGAUCCUGGUGGGUUGGGAAUAAAUGAUGGUGAGUUGGUGACGAGAGGUGAGAUAUGUGAAGUUGUAAAGAGGUUUAUGGAUAGAGAGAAUAGUGAGGUUAGGGAAAUGAGAAAGAGGGCCAAAGAGCUGGGGCUGAUAUGCAGGCAAGCAAUUGCAGAAGGUGGAUCUUCUUAUAGAAACCUCGAUGACUUCAUCUCAAACGUUUCCAAAGCUUGUUAGUGUUGAUGUUGAUGAAUGUCUGUAAGCAACAAUACAGGCGUUUUUUUUUUCUUCGCACAUCACGAGGAAGGAUGAUAACAUAAAAUAAAGGAUAAAGAUCUUU